AUGGCGGUUUUUAAAACCUCGGACUUGAUCCGGACGGUGCGUUGUGUGCUAGCGACUGCUUUCCUGCUGUUUCAGUCGUGUGCGGGCCAGUAUCAUGGGGAAAAGGGAAUUUCCGUGCCAGAACACGGGUUUUGCCAGCCCAUCUCUAUCCCUCUCUGCACGGACAUCGCAUAUAAUCAGACCAUCAUGCCUAAUCUUCUGGGUCACACUAACCAGGAGGACGCUGGAUUAGAAGUGCAUCAGUUCUACCCGCUGGUCAAGGUACAGUGUUCGCCAGAUUUAAAGUUUUUCCUAUGCUCUAUGUAUGCGCCAGUGUGUACGGUGCUUGAGCAGGCCAUACCCCCGUGUCGGUCUCUUUGUGAGCGCGCCCGACAGGGCUGUGAGGCGCUGAUGAACAAGUUUGGCUUCCAGUGGCCGGAGAGAUUGCGCUGCGAAAACUUUCCUGUGCACGGAGCGGGUGAAAUCUGCGUGGGACAAAACAUGUCCGACGCCGGGAGUCCUACUUCCGACCCUACACCGUACCCACAAGAAGCCUUCACACCGCAUUCAAACUUUGACCGACCAAGUCAGCCUUUCACUUGCCCGCUACAACUCACCGUUCCGACUUACCUAAAUUACCACUUUCUAGGAGUGAAAGACUGUGGCGCCCCCUGCGAGCACACGCAGCCCCAUGGCUUGAUGUAUUUUCGAGAAGAGGAGGUGAAGUUCGGACGACUCUGGGUCGGUAUUUGGUCCAUUCUGUGUUGCGUGAGUACCCUUUUCACUGUUCUCACGUAUCUGGUUGACAUGCGUCGGUUCCGUUACCCAGAGCGUCCCAUCAUCUUCCUCUCUGGAUGUUACUUCAUGGUAGCGGUGGCCUACACAGCAGGUUUUCUUUUAGAGGACAAAGUGGUUUGUAUUGACAAGUUUCGAGAUGACGCUUACAGAACAGUGGCCCAGGGUACAAAGAAAGAAGGCUGCACCAUCCUCUUCAUGAUCCUUUAUUUCUUCGGCAUGGCCAGCUCUAUUUGGUGGGUCAUCCUGUCCCUUACCUGGUUUCUCUCAGCUGGGAUGAAAUGGGGCCAUGAAGCCAUCGAGGCAAACUCCCAAUACUUCCACCUAGCAGCAUGGGCAGUGCCCGCCGUUAAGACCAUCACCAUCCUUGCCAUGGGGCAGGUGGAUGGUGACCUUCUGACUGGGGUGUGUUACGUGGGCAUAUACAACGUGGACUCCCUCCGUGGCUUCGUCCUUGCUCCACUCUUCGUUUAUCUUUUCAUCGGUACGUCCUUUCUCCUGGCUGGGUUCGUUUCGCUGUUCCGUAUUCGCACCAUUAUGAAGCACGACGGAACUAAGACGGAGAAGCUGGAGAAACUGAUGGUUCGGAUUGGGGUGUUUAGCGUGCUUUACACCGUGCCAGCCACUAUAGUCAUAGCCUGUUAUUUCUAUGAGCAGGCUUUCCGUGAGCAGUGGGAGAAAACUUGGCACAUGCAAACCUGUAAGCGAUUCGCUGUGCCUUGCCCAGCUAACAACUUUGCCCCCAUGACGCCAGACUUUACUGUGUUCAUGAUCAAGUAUCUGAUGACGAUGAUUGUUGGAAUCACUUCUGGGUUUUGGAUCUGGUCUGGAAAAACUCUGCAGUCAUGGCGUAGGUUCUACAAACGACUCAGCAACGGUACCCAAGGCGAGACGACAGUGUAAUCUCUCUAGAAUGGCUCA